AUCUAAAAUUGCUAUUAACUACAUGCUAGUCUGAUUAUUAUUGAUUAGUCUGAUUUGUUUCAUUGGUACUUGUAUUUAUUCUAUUUGUCUUCUUUACAGAAAUCUUUAUAGUCACUUUUUUACACGUGGUUUCUCACGAUUUAGUAAUAAUUCUUGAACUAUAUUAUAUUGCAGGUAGAUGCCUACUAAAACAUUUAAUUAUUUAUUUUGGUUUACAAAUUAUAUUUUACGUAAAUAUUUUAGUUUUACAGAUUUAUCUAUGGCUAGAAUACUUGUGGUUGGUGGUGGUGGACGAGAAAAUGCAAUCGCUUGGAAACUAUCACUUUCUUCAAAAGUAAGAAUAAUAUCCAUUUUAACUAAUAUUUUAAAAUGUGAAAGUAAGACUUCUUCUACGUUUUCACAGCUAAAUCCCUGAACCAAUUCUGAUAAAUUUUGAUAUAGAAAUAGAUAAGACUUUGCAUAGGCUACUUUUUGUUGCGAAAAUAAAACUUGAUGGGGAUGAAAGGUUUUUAGGUAUUUUUGGUUCAAAAAUUAAAUAAUUUUUUUUGAAUUUUGGAUUACCUUAGAAGAAACACGGAUAAAAUGAAAUGAAAUUAAUAAUAAACAAAAAUAAAAAUGCCAAAUGUCAUACUAUAAAAAUUUAAAAUAAAGAGUAUCUGACUGUCUUUCGGUCUGUUAUUAGCUUGAAAUAAGAUGGAUUACUUUGGUUACACAGAUAAAAAAUCUAGGUAUGUGCUGUACUGGCUGGGUACUUAAGUGAAAAGUGAAAAAUCAUAAAACGUCAUCUUUAAAUCUUUGUAUUUUUUGGGACUUAAACAACACUACAGUACUAUUAUGUCCUCAUAAUUUUAUUAUUAUUAUAGUAGAUGUAUAGUUUAAUACCUGUGCUGUGUGGAUAUCUAUGGUAACACUGAUGAAAAAAUGGAUGACACUAGAACAUUUUUAGUCCACUGUAGGCGUAUUACGCAUUUUCCAUCUAUUUUUCGUUCAGUAUAUUGAUAUGGGUAAAGAAAAAUCGGAAUUAAGGUAAAAAGAAUAUAAAAUUGACAUGGGCAACACCGGGCAUGAGACAGCUAGUUUAUAAUUUAUUUUCUUAAUAUUGCUAAAUUUAAUAAUAUCGGUAUGUAUAUUUUAGAGACAUAAUUUUAAACCUACCAUAUUUUACUUAUGAAAUUAUGUUUGAACUGGUGUUUUAAAAAUAUUGUUAUUUUACGAAUCAUGAAAAAAAAUUAAUAAAUACAAAUGAUAACAUACAAGUAUAAAUAUAAAUACCUAUAACAUACAAACUUAUUCUAAAUUAAUAAUAUAACAAUCACUGUGGUUUUUAAUUUUGUAGCUAAUCUAUAUCUUAAACUUUUAAACUAAUUAUAAAACAAUUUUUGAAGAAAAUAGGAAUAGAAACAACCUUCAAACAAGGUAGUGUUAAUAAUUGGCCUUGAGAUUAGAAUAUUUUAUUUAAAUUACUUAACUAAGAGGAAAUAAUUUUAUCCUUUUUAGUAAACAUAUUGUCUAAUAAUAAUAAUUUAAAGAAUAAAUAAUUUUAAUACCUCUAUAUCUAUUUUAACUGAUUUAUUAUAGGUUAGGUAUAUAAUACAAUGUGAUGAAUUAAACCUUUUAGGGUGUUGUUAGUAUUCUGCUAAUCGGGAUAUUUUAUCUAUGUAAUAACAGUGUGAAAUAGAUAGUGGUGAUUAUCUUAUAGUAGAAGUGUAGUAACCACUACACCUUUUAGUUUUGGUUGAUGGGCAAGAGGUGUGUGUAAAUUCAUAUGUGAAUAACAUAGAAUUUUGUGGUACAAGAAAAUGUUAUAUACAAUCUUUAACUGUUAUUAUGGAGCAUGAUAAAUUUUAAAUAAUGUUAUGAAUUACGGACAUUAUUGAUGUCCAAAUUUGUAUUUUUAAGCGUGUUAAUUGCACUCUAUUGGGUAGAUAGCAUACAACAUAAAUUAAUAUAUUGAGGAUUGGCAAGGGUGUAGGUAUUGUGUAUCAAUUGUUUAUGGGGUUUUGACUAUAUAUUUUUUGUUAUAAGAGUGAAUUGAAAGUUAAAAAAAGAAUUAAAUGUCUGUAGUAAUUUUGAAAUGGGAAUUUAACCUUCUCCCUAUAUUUACACUUUUAGUGGGUGAUUACUUUUAUAUUUCGCUACACUUAUAUUUUGUUGGAUAACUACAACAGCUCUAAAGAAAUUUAAGUAAUAACAUACAAAUGUAACUCAAAUUCUAAUAAACUGAGAUUAGAAUAUAUAUUUAACUUAUAUAAUUUUAUUUAUUUUAAUUUUAUUCCAAAUAAAUAUGUUAUUUUAAAUACUUAUUUUUUAUAUUUAUUACUUUUAAACUUCAGUUUGCUGUAUCUAUAUUUAAUGGCAGAUCAGCCACCAGGAUGCAUGUGGUGUGUUGUGGUAUUUAUGUAUGUUAGUUUUUCUAAUUUUUUUUUUCUUUUCAGGUAGAUAAAAUUUAUAUUACACCAAAUAAUAUUGGAGCUGUAUUAUUGCCUCAAGUAGAAUUUGUAGAUUUGGAUGUUAACAAUUUUGAAGUAAGUAAAUUAAUAAUGAAGCCAUUAAUAGUGUAUUUUUAAAAAAAAAUUAAUUAAUUUUUAAAUUGUAUUGAACAUAGUUCCUAUGAUAUCUAUGAAAUAUUUCUAAAUACUAAUAUUAUUGAUUAUAAAUACUAUUUAUAACCAAUGCUAAUACUAGACAUUAAUUAAGUAAUGAUUUUUAUUUAAUUUUUUUUUUUUGUAAGUCAUUUUAUAGGUUACAUUUUUAUUUCAUAGAAUAAUAUAAUAAACAAUUAUAAAACAAAUGUACCUAUUGAUUUGUGUUUAUUUGUUUUCUAUAAUAAUAGCAUUUGGCAAAAUGGUGUAUCGAUACAUUUAUUGACUUAGUGGUUGUGGGUCCUGAAGACCCUCUUGCAGCAGGAAUUGCUGAUGUAUUGGGUUUUCAUAAGGUCAGUUGUUUUGGACCAUCUGCUAAAUCAGCUCGCAUUGAAAGUGACAAAGAAUGGGCAAAACAAUUUAUGGAUGAAUUUGAUAUUCCAACUGCUAAAUGGAGAUCAUUUAAUGAUGUGAAACAAGCAACUGAUUUUGUUUAUUCGUAAUUAUUUUUAUUUAUAUAUGUUAAAAAAAAAUGUUUUUAUUUAUAUUAUUUAAUUUAUAUGAUAAAUAUUUAAUAGGGCUGAUUAUCCUGCACUAGUUAUAAAAGCAAGUGGUCUUGCUGCAGGUAAAGGAGUUGUAGUUGCAUCCAAUAAACAAGAAGCAUGUUUGGCUUUAGACUCUAUAUUAACUGAAAAUCGUUUUGGAAAAGCUGGUCAGACUGUUGUAGUGGAAGAAUUGUUACAAGGAGAAGAAGUUUCUGUAUGAUAUUUUUUACUUUAAAUAAUUGUUUUGUUAUAAUAUUGACAUAUUUUUAAGGUUUUAUGUUUUUCUGAUGGUGUUAAUAUAAAUGUGAUGCUACCAAGUCAAGAUUAUAAAAGAGCAAAUAAUCAAGAUAAAGGUCCAAAUACUGGAGGAAUGGGAGCUUUUUGUCCCUGUUAUAACAUGCCUCAAGAUGAGUUGAAUGAAGCUAAAGAUAUUUUACAAAAGGCUGUUGAUGGUCUUCGAAAUCGGGGAACUCCUUUUAUUGGUGAGUAUUUCAAUAAAUAUUGCAAUACUGAAAUAUUAUCUAUUGACUUCUUAGGAGUUCUUUAUGCUGGAUUAAUGGUAACUAAUGAUGGGAUCAGAGUUUUAGAGUUCAACUGCCGUUUUGGUGAUCCAGAAACCCAAACAAUAUUGCCACUUUUAGAAUCUGAUCUUUAUGUUAUCAUGAAAGUAUAUUUAAUAUAAUAAAAAUGGUUGAUAAUAUUAAAUUGAUGAACAUUAAAUUUGCUCUAGGCAUGUUGUGAUGGUUGUUUGAAUGAAGUUAAAGUUGAAUGGAAAGCCGAUCAAUUUUGUGUGGGUGUUGUAAUGGCUAGCAGAGGAUAUCCAUUAACGUCCAGUAAAGGGGAUGUUAUAUCAGGUGAAUUAAUCAUUGAGCAUUUACCAACAAGUUAUUUUGUAUCUAUGACGGUUUUUUAGGAUUACCCAGUGUAACAGAAGGUAUGGUAUUUCACAUGGGUACUAAGCUGAACAAUUAUGGUGAAUUGGUAACAAAUGGAGGUCGUGUUUUGAUUGUGGUUACUACUCACCAAGAUUUAGUUUUAGCUGCUGCUAAAGCCACUAUGGCUUGUGGUAGAAUCAUAUUUAAUGGUGCACAAUUUAGAACUGAUAUUGCUCAUAGAGGAAUUGCAAGGUAUGAGUUAUUUCUUAAAUAAAGUUAAAAAUAUUAAAUGCUAUUACAUUUAAAGAAAUGUUAUUUUUAAUUUUCAUAGAGCUAUACUUGCUAAAGGUGCUACAACUUACAAGUCUUCUGGUGUAGAUAUAACAGCUGGUAAUAAUCUAAUUCCUAUUUACAAACAAAUGGUAUCUGUAACAAAACGUCAAGGAGUUCUUGGAGAUUUGGGUUCAUUUGGUGCUAUGUUUGAUCUUAAAGCAGCUGCAUUUCGUGAUCCGAUACUUGUAUCUAGUUCAGAUGGAGUUGGCACCAAACUGAAAGUAUAUGAAACUAGAUAAUGGAUUUUAAAACAUUUAUAUUUAAUUAUAUAGUUUAUAAUUAUAAUUAUACAAUAAUACAAUUAAAGGUUGCUCUAACAUGCAAUAGUCAUGAGUCGAUUGGACAAGAUCUUGUUGCAAUGUGUGUUAAUGACAUUUUAGUACAUGGAGCUGAACCAUUGUUUUUCCUUGAUUAUUAUGCCACUGGUCGAUUAGAAGGAGGAGAUGUUGUUCAAGUUGUAAAAGGCAUUGUAGAUGGUUGCCACCAAGCCGGGUGUGCUCUUAUAGGUAAAUAAUUAAAUCAUUUUAAUUUGUAAUUUAAAAAUUUGACUAAAAGUUAUUUUCAGGUGGAGAAACAGCUGAAAUGCCAGGGCUUUAUCAUAAUAAUGAUUAUGAUGUAGCAGGCUUUGCGGUUGGAGCAGUAGAGAGAGAUAAAAUAUUACCUCAUAUUGAAACUAUUGUUUCUGGAGAUGUAGUUAUUGGUUUAGAAUCAAGUGGUGUUCAUGCUAAUGGAUUUAGUUUAAUUCGUAAAAUAAUGGAUAGGGGUUGUCAUAGUUUUACAGACGAAGCACCAUUUAGUUUGGACAAAAAAACUUACGGUAAAUUUUAAAAUAUUUAUACGAUAUAUCUAGGCAAUUUUAAAACUAAUAUCUAUUAAUAGUAUUUAUAAAAUAAAUGUUCUACCUAAAAUUUAUUCUAUUGGAAUAUAUUAUUUAAAAAAUAAAGGAAAAUGAUUGGUUAUAUUUUGGUUUAGAUUCAUAAAAUAACAUAUAAAACUUAAAAUUCUUGACAAGCACAUUUUAUCAUUUUUGUUUUAAAACUUAAAAGCUUCCUUUUUUUUUUUUCUAAGGCGAAGAAUUAUUAACCGCCACAGAAAUUUAUGUUCAACGUGUUUUACCUUCAAUAAGAAAUGAUAAUAUAAAAGCACUAGCUCACAUAACUGGAGGCGGAUUAUUGGAAAACAUUCCACGUAUUUUACCAAAGAAUAAGAAAGUUAUUUUAGAUGCUACAAAAUGGACAAUACAACCUGUGUUUGGUUGGAUUGCUGCAACAGGUAUAUAUACGAUUUUAAAUAAUAUUAAACUAUUUUUGUUUAUUAAUUAUAUUUAUUUUAAUAUUAUAGGUAGCAUUAAUGAAUCGGAAAUGUUACGGACAUUAAACUGUGGUUUAGGCAUGAUAUUAAUAGUUGAUGUUAAAAAUGUAGAAGAUGUUAUACUUGCUGCUAAUGGUAAAGUUAUUGGUAUAGUUGACAACAAACUGGCUGGUAAGUUUCAGUUUAUGCGUAAAAGAAGUAAAUUUCUAGAUAUUAAUUGUGUUGCUCUGUAACAAUACAUACAUAUAUGUAAUUUAGAAAAAAAGACACUUCAAAGUGUGAACUUUCAUUAAUACUUGUAGACGAACCAUCUGUUGAAGUGAAAAAAUUUGCAAACGCCAUGGAACCUCUAAUGCGUCCUCAUAUACAGACCUAUGUAGCAUCUAGAAUGCAUCCAAAGAUGCGUGUAGCUGUUCUUAUAUCAGGAUCUGGAACAAAUUUGCAGGUAUACUAAUAUUAUUUGAAAAAAAUAUAAAUAUUCUGAAUACAUGUUCAUUUUUUAAAUGUAGUCAUUAAUUGAUACAACUACUGAUGAUCCAUCCAUGAUGGCUGAAAUUGUAUUAGUAAUUUCCAAUAUUCCAGGAGUUGAAGGUUUAAAUCGAGCCCGACGUGCUGGAGUACUAGCUUUGGUAAUUUAUUUUAUAAUUAUAUUUUGUAACUUUGUUAGUAUACUGCAGUAUUAUCGUUAAUAGUUAUCCUAUUAAGCAGCUGCUUAAUGACCAAAUCUAGUAGGUGGGUCCAUGUGUGGAACUUGGUCAUUAGACAAGUUAACAAAACUGGUAAAACAGGAAUGUUUAGUUACAGCACUUAUUUUUCUGGGCUUUGAUUAUUAUUGGGUUUUUUUUUCAGCUAUUUUUCUGCAAUUGUUUGAUACAAAAAAAAAAAUUUGCACCACUACUACUAGUAUAAUAUACAUAAUUAAAUUGUGUUUUAUAUUCAGGAAAUAGAUCAUACAAAAUUUAAAACUCGUGAAGAAUUUGAAAACAAAAUGUUAGAAGCAUUAGACCGAACACAAGUAGAUGUUGUUUGUUUAGCAGGAUUUAUGCGAGUGUUAACUAAGAACUUUGUGAGCAAAUGGAGAGGUCGUUUAUUAAAUAUACAUCCUUCACUUUUACCUUUAUUCAAAGGUCUUCAUGCUCAACGACAAGCUCUUGAAUCAGGUGUUCGAGUGGCAGGCUGUACUGUGCAUUUUGUUGAAGUAAAGUUUUAAUUUUUAAAAUUAAUUUUCCAAAUGUAAUUUUUUGUUUUUUAAUUUUUAGGAAGAAAUUGAUGCAGGAGCCAUUAUAGUACAAGAAAGUGUCACUAUAAGUGUAGGUGAAACAGAAGAAAGUCUAAUUGAAAAAAUUAAGAAAGUUGAACAUACUGCUUUUCCAAAGGCCUUAAAACUAUUAGCUACUAAUCAAGUUUAUUUGGAUAAGGAAAUUGGUAAAGCAAAAUGGUUAUCAAAUCCAAAUAAUGUUUUUAAAAAUAUUGUUUAAAUAAUAAACAAUAAUUUUUAAGUUUAUUUUAUAUUCGGUAUUUUUAUUAUAAUUUUUUAUGAUAACAAAAUUACUAUUUAAAAUAUAUUUUUAUGUAUAAUUUACUUUUUUUCACUUAGUUAUUAUAGAGUAUAAGUUUUUUAUAUCCAACUGAUUCAUACUUUUUAAUGUAAACAAAUUGUGUAUGUAUCUAUGUCGAAAAAGAU